UACGGAGGUGCACAUUGAGCCGUGUUGAGGCAUCCAGGCUGGACGAGCUGUCUUUUGUCUCACCAGCACAAGAGAUUUUUUACAUCAUUCAUUCACGGUCGAUGAGAUGGAGCCGGAGAGAGAAAAAGAGAGAGAGGACAAAACUGUACUGUAAAGAUUUGUAGCCCUCGACGCUGAAACGCUUCUUGGUGAUCCGUUGAAGAGGGACUAAAUGCGACAUGGGGGGCAGGUGAAUCUUUUGGUUGCUGGAGGGAGACAGCGGGGGCCAAAAGAGGGUGAUGGAGGGAGGGACAGAGGGAGGGACGGAGAGCACGAAACAAUGAAACACUGGGCGUCUGAUGCAGGCUGCCUGUGAAAGGACUGUGGAGAACGAUGCAACGUUCUUUUUGCAAACAGACCCUUUUAUCAGUCGUAAUGGCGAGGGGACGUAAGUGAAACGGAGCGCGGUCAAUCUCUCUGUCUCUUCAUGGCAGGCGGCAUGAUGUUGUCGUUGCGAUUCCACAGGAGUAAGUCGGUGUGGGCCGCCGUGUGUGUGCUGGUGCUCUGCUGGCUUUACAUCUUUCCUGUGUAUAGGAUGCCGAGUGAUAAAGACAUCGUGGAAGAGGUGCUGCGCCAGGGCGAGACGUGGACCAAGAACCAGACAGGCAUCGACAUGUACAGGAAGCUGCUAACUGAAUGCUGUGACCCAAAGAGGACUUUUGCAGUGACCAAGGAGAAUUCACAGAUUGGUAAAGUCCUGUGGUACGAUGGCGAGUUCUACCACUACCAUACUGUCAACAACGACACCUACCCAUUGUUCAUACAGGAUAUUCCUUUUCAGCUGCCAUUGAAGAAGUGCGUGGUGGUGGGAAACGGAGGAGUUCUGAAGAACAGCGGAUGUGGCAAAGAAAUCGACCAGGCUGACUUUGUUAUGAGAUGUAACCUGCCCCCACUGUCCAAAGAAUAUACUGAUGAUGUAGGCAGGAAGACCCAGCUGGUGACAGCUAAUCCCAGUAUUAUAGAGAAAAGCUUUCAGAGCCUGCUGUGGUCUCGCAAGGCUUUUGUGGAAAGCAUGAAAGCCUAUGGCUCCAGCUACAUCUACAUGCCCGCCUUCUCCAUGAAGCCUGGCACAGACUUGUCCCUGCGUGCCUACCAUGCGCUGGCUGAUUCAGGGUCCAACCAGACGGUGCUGUUCGCUAAUCCGGACUUCCUAAAGAAUGUGGGACGCUUCUGGAAGCACCACGGCGUACACGGCAGACGUCUUUCAACAGGCCUCUUCCUGGUGAGCCUAGCGCUAGGAGUGUGUGACGAAGUGACAGCGUUCGGCUUCUGGCCUUUUGCACUGGGCCUCGACCAGCAACCUGUAAGUCACCACUAUUACGACAACGUGCUGCCUUCGUCUAGGUUCCACGCAAUGCCGGAGGAGUUCCUGCAGCUAUGGCAUCUCCACAAGAGCGGUACACUGAGAUUGCGCCUGGGCCAAUGCGCUCACUAAAAUGUAGGAUGAGGCAAUUUCUGUUUAACAAAAAAAAAUCUGCCACCCUCACCUACUCUUCAAAUUAGCAUGAGAAGAAAAGAGUGGCUACAGCCCCAACGCUAUACUAAAACUCACCAAACUGAUGCCAGCCCUAGAGUCUGCUUGAUUCCUGCGGGUAGACACUCAAUACUCCCACCUAACACACAAUGGUUUCACACACACAGACAGACAGACACUCACACACUUUCUUUUUGGUUGCCAAGGGACUGUCUCAGUCUUGCCAAGAGCGCUGUGAGUGUGUAGAGUGGGGAAGAAGCGUGGGCUGAUAUAAAGCUGUAGCUGCAUUUACAGCAGCUGUUCUCCCAGAUCUUUUUUUUUUCCACUUUGAAACUUGAACGAAGGUGCGAGGAGGCAUGCAUGGAUCAGGUAAUUAAAGACAUCUUAAAUGCUCUCUGAAAAAAGAAGAGGCAAUGUGAACAGCAGGAUUUUUUGCCAAGACGACAUAUAGCCAUGACCUUAUUGGAUGGUGUUUGAUGAGGGCGAAAAAUGGAAAUAUGAAAAACAAAGAAACAAACAGUCUAAAUUUUUCUGCUUUUUAGUUGCAACAUUCUGUGGAUAAAUAGUUUUUGGUGAAAAAUCCCAGGAAAGUAUUCUUCUAUUAAUAUAUCUUUCUUUUCUUUUCUUUUCUUUUUGAUAUUCACAACGUCAAAGCUGAGGUCCUUACUUCCUCAAAAUGGAAAAUCUGAACAUUUGGGUGUGAACUGAAUGUAUUGUCAAUGCACUGCUGUACAGCCACAAUUUGAAUAUCAGUUCAUCUUUAAUUUCAAACUAUUUGUAUAUUCAGGUGUGCAAUGCUUCUGAUCAUGUUUGUGUAUGUUUUCGGUCAUCAUAUGGAAUGGUUACAAAAGCAGCUACACACAUCUUCAGUUUACUGUCAAAAACCAAAAUGAAAAUGUCAGGCAUCAACGAAUUGUCAGUUUUGCAUCAUGAGCGCAUUAGUAGAAGCCCAUUUUGUGAUAACCGCAGAAGGAUUUUGCUUGUGGAGGUGAUGUGGCUGUCUGCUGUGAUCUGAAGUCUUCAAUAUCUUCUGUGAACUACAGUCUUGCUUUGAUAGUAAGAGUGAUUUUUUUUUAUGAUAAAAUCCUGCUGUUGGCGCUAGAAUCUAAAUUGUCGUUAGUACUACUGGGGCAUUAGCGCUGCCUAUGACUGCUCAGGUGCUGGACACCUGCUCCUGUACUGCAAUCUGUACAUAAAUGUAAUGAUUCCACUGAAUGUAAAGGACAUUGUGGGCUAUAUAUCCAAUCAAGUUACCGGUUCUUAGCUAAAUUCUAUCUGUAAAACUGGCAUUUUAUCUGGCUUUGUCAUCUCAUAAGCACACUAAGGACAGCUAUUACUUUGUAGGUCUUGUAGGUGCUAGUUUUGAUAUAUCACCUAGUCCGAGUAUCUAAAAACUAAAUAUAAUUAUUUUUGCAAGGACUUAAAAGAAUGUGGUUAAAGUGUAUGGCAUGAGCACUGUUUAACAUUCACCAUUAUGACAGCCAUUAUCACAGAAGGGUUACUAACUCAAAGAAUGAAAUGCA